UAACAACAGUAUAUUCUCUUUUUUUAAUUAACUUUUUCCUCUUCUAGGAGACGAAAUUUUUCGUUUCAUUUCUUUUUUCUGUAAUACAUUGCGUUAGGAAUAGUAAUUAUUGGGGUCGUCCGUCCCCCUUCUUCACCCAACCCCUCUUGGAGAGAGAGGGGAGAGAGGGAAUUUGAGAGUAAGAGGAUCUACACGUGUCCACUUGUCAGCUUCUACCUCUCUUUCGGUAUAAAAGACAUCAGGCAAUGUUGGAUUAUUUAGUCUUGUUUUUGCAACGCAAUAGACAGCAUCAUUAUAAUCAUGAAAGUGUUGACGUUAGCAGUUGCAACACUGUUCCUAGCAGCAGUAACAGCCUUCCCCCAGCAGCAGAAAGACGGUCAGAUUUUCAGUUCUGAGGCCAUAAGACAGGCGCAGAAUACUUACCUCAUCCCCAAGGAUGCAACAAUUCAAAAAGUUCAAGAGGGAAUUGAAUUGGCGGCUUACGAAUCCAUUCCCGGUGACCAGAAGAUCAAUCUCUUCGAGAUACUGGGGGAUCACGUGCCCCCAGAGGUUGUGAACAAUCUCCAGGGUCAGAUUGAUCAGAUCGGACGUAAUUAAUCAUGAAGAAAAUUAAAAAUUAAUGAAAAAAAAAAAAACAAAGAAAGAAAAAAUUAAUUAGUGACGACGAUGAAGUGAUUCAUCUAGAUUUUCAAUUCUAAACUCUCCAGAUGUUGGACAUAUUUUUUUUAUAAUAAAAAGAAUUUUAAAAAGUUA